CCGCCGGGCGCCGCGCUCCCCACCUCGCCUGCGCCCGCCCGAGCCUACAGAUCUCUGUGCACCCGGCCUGCAGCGAGCUGCGCCGCGCGCCGACGGAGCGGACAUGGGCAGAGCGAUGGUGGCCAGGCUGGGGCUGGGGCUGCUGCUCUUGGCACUGCUCCUACCCACGCAGAUUUACUCAAACCAAACAGCUGUUGUGCAACCUUCAAGUAACACCUCCCAGAACACCUCUACUACCCCAAAUCCAACUAAUGCCACCACCAAGGCAGGCAACGGUGCCCUGCAGUCGACAGCCAGUCUCCUUGUGGUCUCGAUCUCUCUUCUACAUCUGUACUGUUAGAGACUGGCCAAGAAACGUCCCUGCUUCCCCAUCUUGUAAACCCAAUCCAAAUGGCAACCAGAAGUGCAGUGUGGCAAGGAAGAAAUCUAAUUCCACACCUUAUUUUAGCGAUGCAGAAAAUGCUGAGAAUUCCAAAUUUGAUUCAUUUGAAGGAUGUGUGAAGGGAUUGACAGACGAUGAAUGCCAGUAUUAAAUCUGCUGGAGUUUUUUUUUUUUUACAAGAUGAAGAGAGAUAACAACAUUCAAGAUUACCCAUGAUUUCCUCAAAUAUGGCUUAAGAAAUAGGGACACUUAAAACUGUACCUUGAAAAGAAGAAUAGAUUUUAUUUAGAAAUAAAAGAUGGGAUGUGGAAUGGAGAUUCAGUUUUCAUUAGGUUCAUUAAAUCUAUAAGGCCAUAAAACAUAAUAUAAAAAGCUUCCAUGAUGCUAUUUAUAUGUACAUUAGAAGGAACUACCAGGUGUUACUGUAAUUCCUCAAUGUGUUGUUUCAACAGUACUAAUUUAAUGCUGAUAUCCUCUAGAUAAAGUUUCACAUUGUUAAGCUAUCACUGUUUUCUUGGAAACUGAACUCUUUCCCCCGCCCUCUGUGGCUUUGGCUGUGGCUUUGGAUUUGAUGUUACAUUUGACUUUUUAUGUGGUAAUUGACAUGUGCCAGGGCAAUAGUAGACAGGAACCCACCCCCAAGUCUAAGUAUCUCAAGUAAAUCUUAUCUUUCCAAAGUGAAAUGGUAGGCAUUCCCCACCACCCACUUUUAUUCAACACAAGUACCAGAUUCAUCUAGCUAAACUGAUUCCAAAGAGUAGAAUUGUAUUGACCUCAACUAAUUUCAAAAUGCUGCCUUUUUAUUUCUGUAUAUGUUGAAUACUCCUCACAAUUAAAAAUACAGUCUGUUUUGAAGAUAAAAUUACAAAUCUUGAAAUUAAAAAGGUAAAUAUGUGAAGGAGCCAAAACUAAAUCAAGCAUUUGGGAAGCUAGGACUAGAAGCUAACUUGCAUAAAUUUGCAAAAAAUUUUAUACUUUUUCUGUAAAUACUUUUUUAAAAAAAAAACUGUGGAUCACAGUAGCCACAUUUGGAACCCAUUCUGUUAUCAGUCAAUAUUUUUAGAUAGAACUGUCCUAAGUCUUGAUUUUUGCCGUCUUUUACAACUGCCUUGAUACACAGAAACCUUUAAAAAGAAAGAGACACACCCUAAACUCUUGUUUGCAUGGUCACACACUGAUGCUUACAUGUUCCAGUAUCUAAUAGGACCACAAUAGUCUUGAUAAUCCAAGUCAUUGCUUUCCCAUCUUUGGAAAUCUACAUGGGAACAGCCAGACUGAACAGAUCUGAAGCUACUGUGUGUGUGAAUGAACACUCCCUUUUUCUUCAUAUCUGCUGCACAUCUGUUUGGAUUAUAUAUUGUGUUUGUGUAUUUAUGCUUUGAUUCAUAGUAACUCCUCAUGUUAUGGAAUUGAUUUGCAUUGGACACAAACUGUAAAUAAAGAAAUAAAUGGCUGAAAGAGCAA